UACAAAUAACAAAUAAUCUUUCACAUUUUUCACACCCUCCGAUCACGGAUCUAACAACAGAAACACAAAAAUAUGGUGAAGAUCUGCUGCAUUGGAGCUGGGUAUGUUGGUGGUCCCACCAUGGCUGUCAUUGCACUUAAGUGCCCUGAUAUCGAAGUGGCAGUGGUUGAUAUCUCUGUACCUCGCAUCACAGCCUGGAAUAGUGACCAGCUCCCUAUCUAUGAACCAGGCCUUGAUGAUGUUGUGAAGCAGUGUCGAGGCAAGAACCUCUUCUUCAGCACUGAUGUGGAGAAGCAUGUAUGUGAGGCUGACAUAGUAUUUGUUUCGGUCAACACCCCAACAAAGACACGUGGUCUUGGUGCUGGUAAAGCUGCUGAUCUCACAUACUGGGAAAGUGCUGCUCGUAUGAUUGCUGAUGUUUCGAAAUCAGACAAAAUUGUUGUUGAGAAAUCAACUGUCCCUGUGAAAACAGCUGAGGCAAUUGAAAAAAUUCUGACACACAACAGCAAGGGAAUCAACUUCCAAAUUCUUUCAAACCCGGAGUUCCUUGCUGAGGGAACUGCAAUUGAAGAUCUUUUCAAGCCUGACAGAGUCCUCAUUGGUGGCCGGGAAACCCCAGGAGGCCAGAAGGCAAUUCAAACAUUGAAGGAUGUGUAUUCUCAUUGGGUCCCUGAAGCAAAUAUCAUCACAACCAAUUUAUGGUCAGCAGAACUGUCAAAACUUGCCGCCAACGCAUUCUUGGCACAGAGGAUCUCUUCUGUUAAUGCCAUGUCUGCUCUGUGCGAGGCAACAGGUGCAAAUGUUAGUCAAGUUGCAUAUGCAGUUGGAAAGGAUACUAGAAUUGGUCCAAAGUUCUUGAAUUCCAGUGUGGGAUUUGGCGGUUCGUGCUUCCAGAAGGACAUUUUGAACUUGGUUUACAUCUGUGAGUGCAAUGGGCUCCCUGAAGUAGCCGAAUACUGGAAACAAGUCAUCAAGAUCAACGAUUACCAAAAGACACGAUUUGUAAACCGUGUUGUAGCCUCCAUGUUUAACACGGUGUCAAACAAGAAGAUUGCCAUCCUUGGAUUUGCUUUUAAGAAGGAUACAGGUGACACCCGAGAAACCCCAGCCAUUGACGUUUGCAAGGGUUUGCUAGGCGACAAGGCUCUGUUGAGCAUCUAUGAUCCACAAGUCACCGAGGAUCAGAUCCAAAGAGAUCUUUCCAUGAAGAAGUUUGACUGGGACCAUCCUCUUCACCUCCAGCCAAUGAGCCCCACCACCGUGAAGCAAGUAGGUGUCGUUUGGGAUGCCUAUGCAGCCACCAAGGAUGCCCAUGCUGUGUGUAUUCUGACCGAGUGGGAUGAGUUCAAAUCUUUGGAUUUCCAAAAGAUAUACGACAACAUGCAGAAACCCGCUUUUGUCUUUGAUGGUAGGAACGUCGUUGACAGUGAGAAACUUAGAAAAAUUGGUUUCAUUGUUUACUCCAUUGGUAAGCCACUCGAUGCCUGGCUCAAGGACAUGCCUGCUUUGGUCUAAAGAACCAAUUUGUUUUCAUCAUUUCCCUUGUGAUGGAACCUGAGAGCACUAGUCAGUUCAAUUCUUAACUAUUUUUGGCUGGUCAGUUCUUUUAUUCUUAAAUUUGUUCAUGUAGUGAAAAGACCAUCAUGUGGGUUGCCAUAUAUGUUUAUUAAGCUUUACGUUCCUCCUGCCUUGUAUCCGAUUAUAUUGUUACAUUUUUCAACUUUACUGAAUAUUAAUAUGACCCAUUUUAUUAAA